CUUUAUCUGAUUUUAAGCGAACCGCGCGAUAUCUUUCAAUUUAAUUGGGUUCUCCACACCCUUGUGAAGUUUCGAUUUGAUCACCUAAAACUGUCAAUUAUUUUCCAUAAUGCUUCUCGCAGAUGAGCUCAAAAAGUGUUUCGUAUAUUUUUUUAACAUGUCGCAUCGUCACGAUAACGAUUUUUAAUUUGUUUAUAUCCAAUGACAUGGUGUUCAAAUAGUUCGGUUGACAAAUUUCUUCGUUAGUGUUUAGUUGUUUUUAAAGUGCAAGUUUUAUGCUGACGCGAAAUCUCAAGUGUGCUCGACUAAAUCUUAUAGAAAACAAUACAAAGAUAAAACAAUUAAAAAAGUGUGUUGUUAAUUGAAGUGUAAGGUGACAUCAUGGCAACAAAUAUUGUUGAGUCGGCGAUCACCGUCAUUCAGAUUUUGACGUGGUUUUUAACACUGAUCCUUAUUUUGGAAAAUGGGGUCCAGGCGAGAAGGCAAUCUCCGCUCAUGGUGGAAGAGGAUGGUUUCAGGAAGAAUCAUAGAGCUGCAGAAUGCACAUUUGGUAAACAAACUCGAGAACUUGGUUCAACAUGGUUUGCAGAUUUAGGACCUCCUUUUGGUGUUAUGUAUUGCAUACGCUGCGAGUGUACUCCGGUUCAGAAAAAGCGUCGAAUAGUAGCCCGCGUCCAAUGCCGGAACAUCAAGAACGAGUGUCCGAAGCCAACUUGCGACGAGCCCGUUCUCCAUCCGGGAAGAUGCUGCAAGACCUGCCCUGGCGACAUAUACAGCCCAGAUAUACCACAAGAUGUUUCACCCACAAAUACAAACGAAGAAGAGGAAAAAAGUAUGAAGCAUUUCGCUGCUUUAUUAACCGGACGGAGUCCUUUAAUUCACCGUCGGGAAGAUUUAAGUGCGAUUAUUGACUCACAUAAUCCCAGAAACGUGGUAGCAACAGGUCGAUUCGAUUUUCAUCGUAAAAAUCUGCAUUAUUCAUUUUACGUAUCGCAACCAGCAUCGAGGCCAAGAGCUCUACAAUUUCUGGACAAAUCAGGCAGUAUACUCGAAGAACAUUCUCUGGUUACUCAUGGAGAAUAUCAGAACGCCACAGGAAAAGUAUGCGGAGUUUGGAGAAGGGUUCCUAAGGAAUAUAGGCGAUUGUUGAAAGAUGAAAAGUUAUUUGUAGCUUUGCUUUGGAAUAGCGACGGAGUUAACCACACUGGUGGUGAGCUAAUUCUAAGUGGUCGUAUCGGGCGGUAUGCCUCCUUAGGAACUGAGUUGUUUAGUUCACUUUUGGAACCAGCUUCUGGAACAGAUAGAGAGCGUAUGUCCGGAGCAGGUGGCACUGCAGUAGUCUCCACAAGUGUUGGAGCAACCCCAUCUAUUCAUUUAACCAUUUUAUUUAAUGGUAUAUUUUCUCCUGAUGAUGGAAAUGAUGUACCUAUCACUGUGAGACUGGAACUUGUUGAACGCGGCCUGAUUAUAUUAGAUGAGGUACGUCGUGUGCGUAAGCCCGGUCACGAAUUGAACGUAAUCGAAGUGUCUUCACCUGUAUCUGCAGCCGAUAUGCGCUUGUUGACCCGCGGCCGAUUAGCACUCACGGUGGAAUCUCGCAGAAGGCCCGAAGCUUUGCGUCUUCAAGGACCUGUAGUGACCCGGGCGACAUGCGAAAUUUUCCAAACGGCGCUACAUUCUUCCUCAUCGGCGGCUGAAUCCACUACUACUAGUGGUUUGGCGUGGUUGUAUCUUAAUCGAGAUGGUGCAUUGGUUUACAACAUUCAAGUAGACGAAUUAGAUAGGACACAAACUCCAAUGAUUACUUUAGUCGACGAUAGUGGAAAAAGGCGUACUGAAUUAGAAGACCUUACACCAUCACUCACAGCCGAUGGUCGAGCGACGGGCACCUUAGAACGACUCGGACCACGUGUUCUUGAACCACUUUACGCCGGAAAUUUAGCCGUUAACGUUGCAACUAAAACCCACCAAGAAUCUUUAGUACGAGGUAGACUUGUCGCUAGGCCGGUGGCGGAUGCUAGAGAUUCGCCCGCUGGUGCGAUCUUGUUGAAGAGGCCAAAUCUAAACACUCCUGCGAAUAUUGUUGGAGUAGCUUGGCUUGCAGUUGAUGCUGCGGAUUGCAGCUUGCAUUAUGAUCUUUCUAUAGCCGGACGUGGUAGCCAUCAGAGAACAAUGGAGCUAUAUUUGGAAGAAGUACCGUUUAUAGCUCCAGGGGCGCCGGUAUCAAGAGCUUUGUUAGAAGAAGAAUUUACUACAACAAAUGUCGAAGGCACAUUAGCUGGAGUGACGCAAGGAGAUUUAGCUAGGUUGGAAACUGGCGUGGUGUUUUUGGAUUUGAAGGAUAAGAUUAAAAACGAAACGAUGCUGAAAGCGACUUUGAAACAUAUAAAAGUACCUCCCAAUUGUCUGCCGCAUUACACCGAUAAUGACGUUUCCGCAAUGUCUCCAACGGGUGGUGCAAGUUACGAUCCUGAAUCCAAUUCUCUCCAAGGACAUUCUCCAGUUGUAAUAUCUGUUGAUCCUGGUCAGCGCUGUUUCCAUUCCGGAAGAUUCUAUGUAGAAGGUGCUCAAUGGCGAAGUGCGGCCGAAUCUUGCACGAUGUGUUCAUGUGUCCACGGAAGAGUUAAAUGCGAUGCCAUUAAAUGUCCACCUUUAUCUAAAUGCAGACUAGAAGACAGAAGAAUAAGAGAAGGCGAAUGCUGUCCUGUUUGUACGAAUAAUACCGUAUUGCCUGAACCAACUAAUAGCUCUGCUCCUCGUGGAUGUUAUUUGGGAGAUCAGUUUCAUAAAGCCGGUUCUUCAUGGCACCCAUAUCUCCCACCAAAUGGUUUUGAUACCUGCGCCGUUUGCACUUGCGAUAUGAUAACAUUAGAUAUCAGAUGUCCAAGAACACAAUGUCCACCACUACGAUGUGAUGAAAAGAUUGCUAUCAGGCCAGACAAAAAGGCCUGCUGUAAAGUUUGUCCAGAGAUAAAAAAUGAAGCAGUUCCCAUGGUGAUAUCAGAUCCUGGCACAGUACAAGAUCAGGGCACUAUAGAAAUAGCACGAACGAACGAACAGAUAAUGCAAGACGGUGGCUGCAAGAAUCCACUUGGAGCGCCAUAUGAAAAUGGUAAAGAGUGGCACCCUUGGCUCUCCUCGCAUGGAGAACAAAAGUGUGUCACUUGUCGAUGCAAGGAUGGUGCGAUUAAGUGUGAGAGGAAGCGAUGCCCUCGCAUGUCCUGCGCAAAUCACAGGAGAGCAACUAGGCUGCAGAAACAGCAAGAAGUGCAGCACCAUGAAGCAGUAGAUGAAUGUUGUCAAUGUCGAAGGAAUCGGCGGCAUCACCACAAAAAUCAGCAACAAAAAAAUCAUGUUAAGACAAAUAGCUGAGCGGUUGUGGAGUUAGCAAUCAGUUGAACAUUUGAAAAAUGUCCAGCCAUCGCCAAAUAGUAUUUCGCUUCAGUAUGUUAUAUGUGCCAUCCAGCUCUUGUGCGUGUACUUGGUUUAGUCUGUGACGCAAAGUGGUUUUUCCUUAUCUACGGUUUGCAAUCAUGUGCGCCUAAAGAUGUUCCAAUGAAGUACAAAUAUAAGAGAGCUCAUGUUUAAUUCACAUAUUGUGAGUCUAGCAUAAGUUGUGAUCAGUAAAAUCAUCGUGAUCAAAUUUUUAAUAUUUUUACACACAGUGAGAUAUGAUGAUGGCAUUUUUUUAUACGCGAGAUUCGCUUUAUACAUUGAUUUUAAGUCAUUUAGCAAUAUGCUCCUAUAAUUGAUAAUAAGUAUUUAUACGUAUUUUGGAUAAGCGAGGAAUUUAGCAAUGCGCGUUCCAAGUAUUCCUAUAGUAUUGAGUGCCUUAAUACAAAUAUUAAUACUAUGUUAUUUCAAAUACUAUGUUAGUGUCUGUUAUUAAAAUAUUGUGUCAAAGACAAUUGUAGAUAUUCGUUAUUUUUUUUAAGAAAAAAAAAAUACAGAAAAACAUAUUUAUUAUUCAAAUGAAUCCAGUAAAAUGGGUUAUUUUUUAUUU